AUGCCUACUGAACAAACAGUGGGGAUCGAGUCGAUGUUUGAUGAGGUCUGGAGACAUGUUGAAGAUGAACAGGUGGGAACAAUCCGGUUAUAUGGCAUGAGAGGGGUGGGUAAGACCACCCUCCUUACCAAAAUCCAUAACAAGUUCGCCCUUAGUACUUCUUACCAUUUUGAUCCUGUGAUUUGGAUCGUGGUCUCAAAAGACCACAAACUUGAAAUCCUCCAAGAUAAGAUUGGUGAAAAGCUUGGGAUUCUUAAUGACAAAUGGAAGGACAAUGAGCCGCAUGAAAAAGCUCAACACAUCUUCAAGUUCUUGAGUAAGAAGAAAUAUGUGCUAUUGUUGGAUGAUAUAUGGGAGACGAUUGAAAUGACUACAGUUGGGAUUCAUAAUCCAGAGAUUCCUAAUCCAGUGACUCCUGGUCCAGCUAACAACAAGAAGUCGAAGAUAAUAUUCACAAAUCGCUUGGAGCAUAUAUGUAGUUGUGUUGAUGCUCAAAUAAAGAUGAAAGUCACGUGUCUAAUGCCGAACCAAGCAUGGACCUUGUUUCAGGAGAAGGUGGGCAAAGAAACUAUUCAAAGUCAUCCAGAUAUCCCCAAACUUGCGCAAGUAGUGGCAAAUGAGUGUGACGGUUUGCCACUUGCAAUAAUUACAGUUGGUCGAGCCAUGACGUGCAAGAAACACCCCACGAAUGGAAGCAUGGAAUUCGUGUUCUAA